AUGAGCGACAAGAAAGAAGCCAACAAGACCAACAUCGUCUUGGGUCUGUCGGGUGUGGCAGGCACCAAUCAGCGCUUCUACCACUCAAACGAAAAGAGCAUCUACGCUCUGCCGGCGGACAAAAACGAGUUCGAUCGGCUAGAGAAGCAACACCGAAUGAUUCUCCAUCUUUUCAACGGGCCCAUCUCUGCUACUGUUGUACGAAAACAGCUGGGAGUUGGAGAGAAACUAAAGAUCCUCGACGUUGGGUGCGGACCAGGAAGCUGGGCCAAACAGGUUGCCAAGGAAUUCCCCAAUGCUCAGGUUUUCGCUACCGACUUUGUCGAGUCUUUCAAAGACGAAGAUGGUGUCCCCGUGCAAUUUGCCCAGGGGAACGUGUUGGAACAGUUGCCAUACUCGGACUCAACCUUCGACUUCGUCCACAUGCGCUUCUUUACUGGCGCCUUGAAAAAAGACGAGUGGGCGGUGGCCGCUGCCGAACUUUACCGCGUUGUGAAACAAGGCGGGUGGGUACAGUUAGUGGAACCCGAUGGAGAGCUGCGCUCAUUGAUUGCCACGUCGGAGCUUCUGGCCGACUGGAACGAGCGUGGCAUGCGGGGUGCGCUUGCAAAAAGAGGUGGCGACCCGCUCGCCGGUAACCAUCUGGACGACUUACUUCGGCAGUCCGGCUUCACCAGCGUCGAGAAGCAUAUUCGCUCCGCCCCAAUGUACCGACGCGAGGGGAACGAAGAGCUGGGCGAGCUCAUGCAGCAUGACUACGUUGCUCUGAUCAAAACGCUCGCGCCCGUACUUUGUGUUUCUUGGGACAUCACCCCCGAUGAAAUGGUCCAGUGGGGACAGAGAGUCGUGGACGAAUGCACUCGGCUUGAAGCAUUCCAUAAUUUUGUCACUGCAACUGCCCAGAAACCCUAA